AUGGCCAGAUACUUUGAGAACACGAUUGUAUUUAACUUUAGCUGGGACCAAGUUGCGCGCGGAUAUUGGAAGAGAUACCCCAAUCCACAAAGUACACAUGUUCUAUCGGAAGACACCUGGAGUAGAUAUGUCAAGGAUGGCUGCUUGUACACAAAAAGAUUGCUUACAAAGACCAACCGAGUGCCUAAAUGGGGUGAAAGAUUCUUUAAUGCAAAAUCAGUGAAAAUUAUUGAGGAGAGUGUUGUGGAUCCUGAGAAGAAAGUUCUUAUCACAUACACCAGAAACUUGGGUUACACUAAAGUAAUGAGUGUGGUGGAGAGAGUAGAGUACAGGCCGUCAGGUGCAUCACAGACAGUAGCAACCCGAUCCGCCUGGGUUGAUUCACAGGUGUUUGGCUUUUCGAGGGCAAUUCGUGCAUUCGGUGUUGACAGGUUCCGAAAGAAUGCUUCGCAAAUGGUAAACGGCUUUAACUAUGUACUACACAAUAUGUUCCCCCGCCAAGUGCCGCAACACACUGUGACACACACCCUCAAGGAGAUGCGUGAUGCUGCUGCAGCUGCCACCGACCGAGCUAAGGCUAAUGUCCUUUCAUCUGUCAACCGGACGUAA